AGUUAGAUCUCGGUCUUUCAGCGAGAGCCACUUGAGAUCUGUCAGAGAACGAAUCCAAUCCAGCACCUGUUUUGUGUUUCUGUGUGUGGUUGUGUGUACGCGCGAAAACUGUGAUAAGCCGUUCGUUUCCUAAACAGAGAGAUCUGGUUACGUAAACCCCCGAUUUCCAGGGCAAAAACAGAGAGAGAGAAAUGGAAGUGCCACCGCCUCUGGUCCUCAAGCGCCCGCUAUAUGUCCCCAGCAAGACACUGAUGGGUCCAGGACCCUCGAACUGUUCGCAUCGCGUUCUGGAGGCCAUGAGCAAUCCGGUCCUGGGCCACAUGCAUCCAGAGUGCCUGCAGAUUAUGGACGAGGUUAAGGAGGGCAUCAAGUACAUUUUCCAGACACUAAACGACGCCACCAUGUGCAUCAGCGGUGCUGGCCACGCCGGCAUGGAGGCGUCACUCUGCAAUCUGAUUGAGGACGGAGACGUUGUCCUUUUGGGCAUUACCGGCGUUUGGGGACAUCGCGCCGCUGACAUGGCCCGUCGCUAUGGCGCUGAUGUACGCCUUGUGGAGGCCAGUUUUGGGCGUGCGUUAAGCCAUGAGGAGAUAAAGUUCGCCUUCGAGACACACCGGCCACGUAUCUUUUUUGUGGCCCAGGGCGACUCGUCAACGGGCAUCAUUCAGCAGAAUAUCCGGGAGAUCGGCGAGCUGUGCCGUCAGUUCGACUGCUUCCUUGUGGUGGACACUGUGGCCUCGCUGGGCGGCACCGAGUUCCUCAUGGACGAGUGGAAGGUGGAUGUGGUUUAUACGGGAUCGCAGAAGUCGCUCGGCGGCCCCGCUGGCCUCACGCCCAUCUCCUUCAGCAAGCGUGCCCUCACCCACAUCAAGCAGCGCAAGACCAAGCCGAAGGUCUACUACUUCGAUAUCCUACUCAUCGGCCAGUACUGGGGCUGCUACGGCACGCCGCGGAUCUAUCAUCACACCAUCUCGACCACGCUGCUGUACGGCCUACGCGAGGCUCUCGCGCACUUCUGUGCCGUGGGCCUGAAGUCGGUGGUGCGACGGCACCAGGAGUGCUCGCGUCGCCUGCAACUGGGCAUCGAGGAGCUAGGCCUGGAGAUGUUUGUGCAGCGCGAGGACGAGCGCCUGCCCACCGUCAACACCAUCAAGGUACCGUUCGGCGUCGACUGGAAGAAGGUGGCAGAGUACGCCAUGCGCAAAUAUAGCGUGGAAAUCAGCGGUGGCCUGGGCCCCACUGUGGAGCACGUCUUUCGCAUUGGCCUCAUGGGCGAAAAUGCCACAGUGGAACGCGUGGACAUGGUCCUCAGCAUCCUGCACGAGGCCAUUCAAAGCAUCAAGCUGCGGGCUGUUAAAACGGAACGUUCCAAAAUAUGAUUCCCUUUAGUCGUAAAUGUUUUUUAAAUAAUAUAUCCCUAAAAAAUAUAACUAAGA